CCAAACAGUAAGUUCUGUUAUGUGACCUGCUAGAGUCCAGUAACAGAUAGCCUUAGCAUUAUAGGCCGGUUAAAAGCAUAGACCGCCUUUCCAUUAUUCAUAAGACGGGCACAUGUUGUUGGCUAUCGGUGUCAUUGUAUGGUGUUGGGGAUUGUUGAGUCGCAGACCGAUGCUGCGCCGCCAGGACAAGCAGAAAGGCCGCUGUUGCGUCUUGUUCAGUGACCUGAAGGUUUUCCUACUCAGGCCACCGGCACCGUCGGCAUCGCCACCUGCCUUCACACCCAUGAACGAAAUAAACGCGGAGGGCAAUGCGACGAGCAGCGCCACGGAGAGGAACUCUUUAACCAACGGACAUUACCAGCCGGUAGCAGGUGAGGCUGUGGACACACGAGGGAGCGAAGACUGGAAUCAUAGCGGGGUGGAUUCGCCGAGGACGCUGGACUGCUGCAGCUCAUCCGAGGAUUGCUCUAAGGAGAAGCUGGACGAGAGGUUAUCUCUGAACAGCUGCACGGACAGUGGAGUCAGGACUCCUUUGUGUCGGAUCUGUUUUCAGGGCCCAGAGCAGGGAGAGCUGCUGAGCCCGUGUCGCUGUAGUGGUUCUGUUCGCUGCACUCAUGAGCCCUGUCUUAUUAAGUGGAUUAGUGAGAGAGGAUCCUGGAGCUGUGAACUCUGCUACUACAAAUACCAGGUCAUCGCCAUCAGCACCAAGAACCCGCUACAGUGGCAGACCAUCUCUUUGACGGUGAUAGAGAAAGUACAGAUAGCUGCAGCUGUUCUGGGUUCCCUGUUCCUGAUAGCCAGUAUCUCCUGGCUGGUCUGGUCCUCUCUCAGCCCAUCGGCCAAGUGGCAACGGCAGGACCUGCUCUUCCAAAUCUGUUACGCCAUGUACGGCUUCAUGGACCUGGUGUGCAUCGCUCUGAUUGUCCACGAAGGUCCCUCCGUAUUUCGCAUCUUUAACCGCUGGCAGGCUGUCAAUCAGCAGUGGAAAGUCUUAAACUACGACAAGGUCAAAGACAAUGAGGAGCAUCAGAAGACCUGUGCUGCAUUCCGGACCCUUUCUCUGCCGCUGACGCACCUGAUGUGGCCGACCGGCACGGAAGGUGAAGCCUCCACCUCCACAUCCUCCCUCAUGGCUGCAGCGGCGGGCACCGCAACCCCCACCACAAACUCCGUCCCGUUGGCAGCAGGUGCCACGACAGAGCCGCAGGACUCGUCUGAGCCCAGCAAUGAGCAGCCCUCACUGCCAGACCACCACUGUGCUUACAACAUCCUUCAUCUCCUCAGCCACCACCUGAGGCCCCAGGAGCCACGCGGACAGACCAGCAACAGCAACCGCGAACUGGUCAUGAGAGUCACUACAGUGUGAGGUCUAGUUUACGGUUGAAUCUCUGCAUGCGACGUAUUUACAAGAAAGGAUUCACUGAGGAGAAUUGAACAGUGUUACCCGAAGACCCAGUGCAGUGCUGUCCGGGUUUAAGGCGUUUGUUUUUCUAUUUUUUACAGUAUUGAAUAAAACGAGGAGGAAGCAGUUUCUCUCACAGUGGCUACAGGAAAGAUUAAGGCCAUUAGGUUUCAAAUGUGAGCAACUGAGAAAGAUCAAAGGUCAGUGGGGUGGGGUCUCUGAGUGUGUGCGCGCGUGUGUAAUGAGUUUAUCGUCAGCUCAAGGCCACAAUCAGAGCUGUGACCGUUCUGAAGCACAACCAUAACAAUGCAAUCCAGUUUCUACACCGACAGCCACUGCUGAACUCAAACAUCUCAGAGUGAAGAACAAACGUUUGUGUAUGGAAAACACGUAACACCACACUAAUUUUACGAUUACUACAUGUUGUAUUUUCAGAUAAAAUCCUAUUAUUAAUGUCACUUGCGAGAAUAAGCAAGUCUAAAUCUGUUUCCUAACAAACCAAAUGUGGUAUUGAAAAAGCAAACUAUUGUGUUUACACUCACAGGCAGUACGUUUUUUAGCGAAAUCAAUCCUCUCUGGUUUUGAGUCUUUUACAUCAAUAACAGGAAACCACGUUACAGUGGAGACAG